AUGCGCGUGUUUUCUCACACAUCACGGCCCUCAUGGAUGGGUUUGCUGACCGCCGCUCUGAUGGGCACUUCAACUGUGAAAGCAGUAGAGCUGGACCUGGAUGAUGGAGACUCUAUCAAAAAGGCUGCCAAGGAGGUUGCAACCAAUAUGAUGACAUACUACACCGGCAUGAACCCAGGUGACAAUCCAGGAAACUUGCCUGAUCCCUACUACUGGUGGGAAGCCGGUGCGAUGUUCAACGCCCUAAUCGACUACUGGUUUUACACGGGCGACGAUACCUGGAACGACAUCACGAUACAGGGCAUGCUUUGGCAGGCUGGGGACAACAAAGCAUUCAUGCCGAACAAUCAGAGCAAAACAGAAGGCAAUGACGAUCAGGUAUUUUGGGGCUUUGCUGCUAUGUCGGCCGCAGAGCGGAACUUUCCCAACCCGCCAGAGGAUCAACCGCAAUGGCUUGAGAUGGCCCAGGCUGUGUUCAACACUCAAGCUCCCCGCUGGGAUCCGUCUUCCUGUGGUGGAGGUCUUCGCUGGCAGAUAUUUACCUGGAACAAUGGCUAUAACUACAAGAACACGAUCUCCACAGGCGGGUUUUUCAACCUUGCUUCCCGCCUGGCUAAGUAUACCAAAAACGAAACGUACGCAGAAUGGGCUGAAAAGGCCUGGGACUGGACCGCCGAUGUCGGAUUCAUGACCCCCGAGUAUCGCUUCUGGGAUGGAGCGAGUGACUUGAGCAACUGCACUCCCAUCAACCAGAUUGAAUGGACUUAUAAUGCCGGGGUCUACUUACUUGGUGCUGCCAAUAUGUACAAUCUGACCGAAGAACCCAAAUGGAAGGAACGCACCGAGAAGAUUAUCGAGUCUUCAAGCGUCUUCUUUGCUCAUGACCCGCCUGACGUGAUGUACGAGCGAGCCUGUGAGACGGUUAGCACAUGCAUGGUUGAUCAGCGUUCGUUCAAAGGGUAUCUUGCACGCUGGAUGGCUCAAACCACCCAAAUGGCACCCUUCACGUAUGACAAGGUCAUGAAACGAUUGAGGGCUUCUGGUCAAGCAGCUGCAAAAACCUGUACAGGAGGCUCCAAGGGAACGACUUGUGGUCUCAAAUGGACAGAUCAGAAGUGGGAUAAGACGAAAGACUUCGGUCAACAGAUGGCCGCCCUCGAAGUGAUUCAAUCAAACCUGAUCACUCGUGUAUCGGCUCCUGUCACCGAUGAUGACGGUGGCACGAGCAGGGGAAACCCGAAUGCUGGUUCUAAGCCUCCUAAGACGGUUCCUCCCGCACUGGCCUACUCGAUCACCACAGCUGACAAGGCCGGUGCAGGUAUUCUCACUGCGCUUGUGAUGAUAGGUAUCGGUCCAGACGAUGUUUUGAUCAAGUUGAACUACACCGGCCUGUGCUCAUCCGACAUUCAUAUGAUGCAGGGCGACUUAGGGGUCCCUCCCAUGUCCACAUUCGGCGUUCGAUCCCCAGGCCAUGAAGGUGCCGGUGUUGUGGUUAAGAUUGGAGCCAACGUGACAAGAUUUAAAGUGGGCGAUAGAGCCGGGAUCAAACCGAUCAUGGAUACCUGCGGUUCCUGCGGCCAUUGCUGGGAUGACAAGGAGACGUACUGUAAGGCGGCGAUUCACACUGGGUUGAUGGUAGCAGGCACGUAUCAGCAAUAUUUGGUCUCACCAGCCCGUUAUGCGUCACCAAUUCCCGAUGGGGUCUCCGAUGAAGUCGCCGCUCCUGUGAUGUGCAGUGCCAGCACAGUUUAUCGAUCCCUGAUUGAGUCAAACCUUCGUGCGGGGGCAUGGGUUGUUUUCCCUGGAGGCGGCGGCGGCGUCGGUAUCCAAGGUGUUCAGCUAGCCAAGGCAAUGGGAAUGCGUCCGGUUGUGGUGGAUACAGGAGACGCCAAGCAGAAAUUAGCCCUGGAGAUGGGCGCAGAGGCCUUUGUGGAUUUCAAAGAAGUGGCCGAUCCCACUAAGGCUGUGAUUGAGAUUGCGGACGGCAUCGGUGCGCACGGGGUGUUCGUCACAGCCCCGGCUGCAUAUAAAAAUGCUAUCUCUUUCACUGGCGAUCGGAUUGGAAGCGUUGUGAUGUGCAUCGGUCUCCCUCCUGUCGGAUCAAUGACACUAGGUGCCGAUCCCUGUGCGUUUGUUCUCAAAAAUCUCACCAUCAAAGGCACCCUUGUUGGUAGCCGGAGGGACGUGGCCAUGACAUUGGAUUUUGCGCGACGAGGGAUGCUACAGCAGAUCAGCGAAGUCUAUCCAGUGAAUCGUAUGCCCGAGGCUGUCGAAAAGCUUCGCAAGGGACAAGUGGCGGGGCGCCUUGUGGUCAACUUUAACUGGGAAGAAUAA